AUGGUACCACUUCUGAAAGCAGCCAUCUUCUCCUCCCUCUGGGCUUUUGGACUCGGGUAUUUGGAGCAACCUGAAAUCUCAGUUUCCAGAGCCACAGAUGGCAGUGCCCAGGUGCCUUGUAAGGCAUCCAUCAGUAGCUUCCGCAGUGUUGCCAUUCACUGGUACCGACAGAAACCCGGCCAAAGCUUAGAGCAUCUAUUGUAUGUCAUUUAUACUUCUACUCAGCAAUCUUUAGAUGGGAAGGACAGGAAAUUUGAGGCAAGUAAGAAUUUUAGCACUUCCACAACAACUUUGACGAUCAAUUUCUUAAAGAGAGAAGAUGAAGCUACAUACUACUGUUCCUAUGGCUACCACACAGUAACAGGCUGGAUCAAGGUAUUUGGAGAAGGGACUAAACUCAUAGUAACUUCUGAGAAAACCCUUCAAGCAGACAUUUCCCCCAAACCAACUAUUUUUCUUCCUUCGGUUGCGGAAACAAAUCUCUAUAAGGCUGGCACGUAUCUUUGUCUUCUUGAGAAGUUUUUCCCUGAUGUUAUCAAGAUAUAUUGGAAAGAAAAGGAUGACAAUAAAAUUUUGGAAUCCCAGCAAGGAAAUCCAAUGAAGACAGAUGAUACAUACAUGCAGUUUAGCUGGCUAACUGUGAGUGGACAGGCAAUGAUUAAAGAACACAGAUGUAUCGUCAAACAUGAGAAUAACUUAAGAGGGGUUGAUCAAGAGAUUUUGUUUCCUCCAAUAAAGAAAGCUUCCACCACUUCUAAUUCUGUAGCUUGUGUGAAAGAUGAAAAUGAUGUGUUUCAGCAGCAGCUCACAAACACCUGUGCCUGCUACACCUACCUCCUCCUGCUCAUCAAGAGUACCAUCCACUUGGCCAUUGUCGCCGUCCGUCUGGUUAGAAGAACAGCUGUCUGUGAUGAUGGGAAGACAUCAUGAGGGAUCAGCAGUCAUGGUCCCAUGGUCUGUGCUAAGGAUGUAGCUGAGCUUGCUGCCUCCUAAGGUGGCAUGCUCAUCACUCAGUCAUUAUUGCAUGAGUUUUCAAGUCAGUAGAUAAACCAGGCAACUUCACUCUGCCACAAGGAGUACCCCACGUGGCACCUGGCUCCAUAGCUACCAGCAGCCUCUCCAGUAUCCCAAAACACCUCAAGUCCUCCUGGGCUUAGCUUGCAGCUUCUAGAGCUGGCUUUUGCUGCCCU